CCACCCGCCGGAAGUGACGUCCGGAAAGGCCGGUGCCGGAGGGGGGGCGCGUGGAGCGGAGAGGGAGCCUGGCCGGGCGGAACUCCUCGCCUUCCCCGAGGCCCGGCGCCCAGCAUGACCUCCGGGCCCCCCGCCGGGGACAAAAAUGGCAAUGGCUUGAACCAUCAGACCAUUCGCGUGGGGACCAGAAAGAGCCAGCUGGCCCGGAUCCAGACGGACAGUGUGGUGGCGAUGCUGCAGAAGCACCACUCCCACCUCCGCUUUGAGAUUGUUGCCAUGACAACCACAGGGGACAAAAUCCUGGACACAGCACUGUCCAAGAUUGGAGAGAAAAGCCUCUUUACCAAGGAGCUGGAAAACGCACUGGAAAAGAACGAAGUUGACCUGGUGGUCCAUUCUCUGAAGGAUCUGCCCACCUCCCUCCCCCCUGGAUUCACCAUCGGCGCCGUCUGCAAAAGAGAAAACCCAUACGAUGCGGUUGUCUUUCACCCCAAGCAUGUGGGCAAAACCCUCAGCAGCCUUCCUGAGAAGAGCGUGAUUGGGACCAGCUCACUCCGGCGGGCAGCGCAGCUGAAGAGGAAGUUUCCUCAACUGCAGUUCAGGGAUAUUCGGGGCAACCUGAACACCCGCUUGAAGAAGCUGGACGAGAAGGAGGACUUCAGUGCCAUCAUCCUGGCGGCGGCUGGUUUGAAGCGGAUGGGCUGGGAGAACCGCAUUGGCCAGAUCCUGAACCCUACAGACUGCUUGUACGCUGUCGGGCAGGGUGCUUUGGCGGUGGAGGUGAGAGCCAGGGACCAGGAGAUCCUGGACAUGGUAUCCCUCUUACACGACGGGGAGACGGUGCUGCGCUGCAUCGCUGAGAGAGCCUUCAUGAAACACUUGGAAGGUGGCUGUAGUGUUCCUGUGGCAGUGAGUACCCUCGUCAAGGAUUCUCAGUUAUACCUGACGGGAGCCGUCUACAGCCUCGAUGGGUCUGAGAGCCUGCGGGAGACCAUGCAAGCCAACGUGAACUUUCCACUGGAGAGCGAAGACGGGCCCAAUGAUGACAACCAACACGUGGGCAUCACAGCGAAGAAUGUGCCUCGCCGUGCCCAGGUGGCUGCGGAGAAGCUGGGCCUGCAGGUGGCAGAGCUGCUGCUGAGCCAGGGGGCCAGGCAGAUCCUCAACGUGGCCAGGCAGCUCAACGAUGCCUGAGCGACAGCAGGGCCCCCUCUGGGCCCUGGGCAGCUGCCCCUGCCCCGUUCCUCGUGCCAUGGGAGCCAUGAGGCUGCCCACCUCCACGUGAAGGCUUCCUCUCAAGUGAUUGCAGCAGCAGCUGCCUCUGGCCGGGGAGCUGCCCCCGAUGGGCUGGUGCCCCAGGAUGCCGGCCGAUGCCCCAGAGGGAGGCCUUGCCCAUGAGGAAUCUGGGUUUCCCCAGGCCGGCCGAUGCUUCUCAUAGAAGCGGUUCCUGGGCACUGAUGGGUGAGAUGAAGGGUCUGAUUUAUGUUGCCUUGUAAUUAUUGCUGAAACUGAAUAAAGAGAUUUAAUUUGAAAUUA